AUGCAGAAGAAGAGAUACGGAGAAAAGAGGAGGGGUGGAUACGUGGAUAUGGGGAAGCAGGAUCUACCCCCCGAGCAUGUUCGCAAAAUCAUCAAAGAUCAUGGUGACAUGAGCAACCGAAAGUUCAGGAAUGACAAGCGUGUUCAUCUUGGUGCCCUCAAGUAUGUCCCUCACGCCGUCAUGAAAUUGCUCGAGAACAUUCCAUAUCCCUGGGAGCAGGUUCGCGAAGUCCCAGUGCUAUAUCAUAUCACGGGGGCUAUUACUUUUGUCAAUGAGAUUCCUCGUGUUAUUGAGCCGGUAUAUCAUGCUCAAUGGAGUACUAUGUGGCUUGCCAUGCGUCGAGAAAAGCGCGACCGUCGACAUUUCAAACGGAUGCGUUUUCCUCCAUUCGAUGAUGAAGAGCCGCCUCUGGACUACGGAGACAACGUUCUUGACGUCGAGCCCUUGGAAGCUAUACAAUUGGAGCUUGACACUGAGGAAGACGCUGCCAUAAUUGACUGGUUCUACGACCCAAAACCGCUCAUCGACACACCUGCUGUCAAUGGUUCUUCCUACAAAUAUUGGUCGUUGUCAUUGCCUGUAAUGGCAAACCUUUACCGUCUAGGCAGGACUCUUCUUUCCGAUCAACCUGACCGUAAUGCCAGCUACCUAUUUGAUAAAAAGUCAUUUUUCACUGCUAAAGCUUUGAAUGUUGCAAUCCCAGGGGGUCCCAAAUUCGAGCCGCUGUAUCGUGACAUGGACUCGUUUGACGAGGACUGGAACGAAUUCAAUGACAUCAAUAAGGUCAUAAUCCGACAGCAAAUCCGAACAGAGUACAAAGUUGCUUUCCCACAUCUAUACAACUCCCUUCCACGUUCUGUUCGCAUAUCUCCUUAUCACACUCCGAAAAAUGUUUACAUUCGAACGGACGAUCCUGACCUUCCUGCCUUUUACUUUGAUCCUCUCAUCAAUCCCAUUUCCAAUCGCGGCACCACACCAAAGAACAUGCCCUUGGUAUCUCACGAAGACAGUAUUUUUGGACCCAACGGUGCAGAAGACGAUGAGUUUGAGCUGCCCGAGGACAUAACACCUUUCCUUGAAGACAAGGAUCUUGAGAAUGAUCUCACUGCUGAUGGUAUUGCACUCUGGUGGGCACCAGAACCCUACAGCCGCCGGUCAGGCCGCAUGCGUAGGGCACAGGACAUUCCCCUAGUAAAAAAUUGGUAUCUAGAGCAUUGUCCCCCGAACAUGGCGGUCAAAGUUCGUGUAUCAUACCAGAAGCUUCUCAAGUGCUAUGUUCUGAACGAAUUAAGGACACGGCCGGAAAAGGCGAUGGCGAAGAAGAAUUUGUUCCGUCAAUUGAAGGCCACGAAGUUCUUCCAAACCACCAAGCUCGACUGGGUGGAAGCUGGUCUUCAAGUCUGCCGUCAGGGUUACAAUAUGCUGAAUCUCCUGAUUCAUCGUAAAAACUUGAACUACCUUCAUCUGGAUUACAACAUGAAUUUGAAGCCUGUCAAGACGCUGACGACCAAGGAGCGGAAGAAGUCACGAUUCGGAAAUGCUUUCCAUCUUUGUCGUGAAAUUCUUCGUCUAACGAAACUUGUCGUCGACGCACACGUCCAAUUCCGGCUCGGAAACGUCGAUGCUUUCCAAUUGGCUGAUGCUCUACAGUACAUCUUCGCCCAUAUUGGUGCGCUCACUGGAAUGUACCGGUACAAAUACAAAUUGAUGAGACAAGUGCGCAUGACGAAGGACUUGAAGCAUUUGAUAUACUACAGGUUUAACACUGGACCAGUUGGAAAGGGUCCCGGCAAUGGGUUCUGGGCUCCUGGAUGGCGUGUCUGGUUGUUCUUCAUGCGCGGCAUUGUUCCGUUGUUGGAGCAAUGGCUCGGUAAUCUUCUUGCUCGUCAAUUCGAAGGCAGAAACAGCAAGGGUGUAGCGAAGACUAUCACGAAACAGCGUGUCGAAUCCUACUAUGAUCUGGAACUCCGUGCAGCCGUCAUGCAUGAUAUCCUCGACAUGAUGCCAGAGUCCAUCAAGCAGAAUAAGUCGAAGACAAUUUUGCAACACUUGUCUGAGGCCUGGCGGUGCUGGAAGGCAAAUAUACCAUGGAAGGUUCCAGGCAUGCCUACCGCCAUCGAGAAUAUCAUCUUGCGUUACAUCAAGAGCAAGGCCGACUGGUGGUGCUCCGUUGCUCAUUAUAACCGUGAACGUAUUCGGCGUGGGGCGACCGUUGACAAAGCCGUCGUAAAGAAGAAUUUGGGGCGUUUAACCAGGCUCUACUUGAAAGCUGAGCAGGAGCGUCAACAUGGCUACCUCAAGGAUGGACCAUACAUCAGUGCAGAAGAAGCGGUCGCGAUCUAUACCGCCACAGUUCAUUGGUUGGAGAGUCGGAAAUUUGCUCCAAUUCCUUUCCCGCCUUUGUCAUACAAACAUGAUACAAAGCUUCUUGUCCUUGCGCUCGAGAAGUUGAAGGAAGCAUAUUCUGUCAAGGGACGCUUGAAUCAAUCUCAGCGUGAGGAGCUGGCAUUAAUUGAGCAAGCUUACGAUAAUCCUCACGAAUGUCUAUCCCGAAUCAAGCGUCUAUUGCUUACUCAGCGAGCGUUUAAGGAAUCAGGCAUCGAGUUUUUCGAUACGUACGACAAACUCAUUCCUUGCUAUGACAUCGAACCUAUCGAGAAGAUUACAGACGCGUAUCUCGAUCAGUUCCUCUUCUUCGAGGCCGACAAGAGAGGUUUAUUCCCUGCCUGGAUCAAGCCUGCAGAUACCGAGCCUCCUCCGCUCCUCGUGUACAAGUGGUGCCAAGGUAUCAACAACUUGACGGACAUCUGGGAGACUAGCGAAGGAGAAUGCAAUGUCAUGAUGGAAACGGUGUUGUCCAAAGUUUACGAGAAAGUUGAUCUCACAUUGUUGAACCGUCUGCUUCGUUUGAUCCUUGACCACAAUCUUGCGGACUAUAUCACUGCUAAGAACAAUACAGUGCUGACUUACAAGGACAUGGCCCACACUAAUGCUUUCGGCUUAAUCCGUGGUCUACAAUUCUCGGCCUUCGUCUUUCAAUAUUAUGGCCUUGUGCUCGAUCUCCUUAUUCUAGGUCUCCAGAGGGCCAGUGAAAUGGCUGGACCUCCACAAAUGCCGAACAAUUUCUUGCAGUAUCGUGACUCAGCCACCGAGACGCGCCAUCCAAUCAGGUUGUAUUCUCGAUACGUCGACCGCCUUCAUAUCCUCUUCCGCUUCACUGCCGAUGAAUCAAGAGACCUCAUCCAAAGGUACCUUUCUGCCAACCCCGAUCCUACCAAUAACAACGUCAUCGGCUACAACAACAAGCGCUGUUGGCCUAGAGAUUGUCGAAUGAGGCUCAUCAAGCACGACGUCAACUUGGGCCGAGCCGUAUUUUGGAACGUGAAGCAGAGUUUGCCGAGAUCUCUAACUACCAUCGAAUGGGAAGACACUUUUGUGAGCGUAUAUUCCAAGGACAACCCCCAGUUAUUGUUCUCCAUGUGCGGCUUCGAAGUUCGCAUCUUGCCAAAGAUUCGAACUAUGAGUGGAGAGCAAUUCUCACUCAAAGAUGCCGUAUGGAACCUGACGAAUGAACAAACAAAGGAGCGAACCGCGCAGGCCUUCUUGCGUGUUUCUGACGACGGUGUUCAACAAUUCAAUAACAGAAUUCGCCAAGUUCUCAUGAGCUCAGGAUCCACGACUUUCUCCAAGAUUGUCAACAAAUGGAAUACGGCGCUUAUUGGAUUGAUGACCUACUACCGAGAGGCAGUCAUUCAUACUAACGAGUUAUUGGACUCCCUGGUCAAAGCUGAGAACAAGAUCCAGACGCGUGUCAAGAUUGGUUUAAACAGUAAAAUGCCUUCCCGGUUCCCUCCUGUGGUUUUCUAUACCCCGAAAGAGCUUGGUGGUCUUGGUAUGUUGUCGAUGGGUCAUGUACUCAUUCCGCAAAGCGAUCUACGGUGGUCUAAACAGACGGACGUUGCUGUUACCCAUUUCCGUGCCGGAAUGUCUCACGAGGAAGAUCAACUCAUUCCUAAUUUGUACCGUUACCUCCAGCCUUGGGAGGCAGAGUUUUUGGACUCCGCUCGAGUAUGGUCCGAAUAUUCGAUGAAACGUAAGGAGGCGAAUGCGCAGAACCGUCGUCUUACGCUGGAGGAUCUCGAGGAUAGCUGGGAUCGAGGUAUUCCCCGUAUCAAUACUCUGUUCCAAAAGGAUCGUCAUACUCUUGCAUAUGAUCGUGGCUGGCGUGUGCGCACUGAUUGGAAGCAAUAUCAGUUGCUAAAGCAUAAUCCGUUCUGGUGGACCUCUCAACGUCACGAUGGUAAACUUUGGCAAUUGAAUAAUUACCGAGUGGAUGUCAUUGCUGCUCUCGGUGGUGUCGAGGGUAUUUUGGAGCACACCUUGUUCAAGGGAACCUACUUCCCAACAUGGGAGGGUCUGUUCUGGGAGAAAGCAUCUGGAUUCGAGGAAUCAAUGCGAUACAAGAAACUGACUAACGCUCAACGUUCUGGUUUGAAUCAAAUUCCUAACCGUCGGUUCACUCUGUGGUGGAGUCCUACUAUUAACCGUGCCAACGUCUAUGUUGGUUUCCAAGUCCAACUUGAUCUUACCGGCAUUUUCAUGCAUGGCAAAAUACCUACCUUGAAGAUCAGUUUGAUCCAGAUUUUCCGUGCUCAUUUGUGGCAGAAGAUUCAUGAAAGUGUUGUCAUGGAUUUGUGCCAAGUUUUCGAUCAAGAGCUGGAGCCGUUACAGAUCGAAACGGUGCAGAAGGAGACAAUACAUCCUCGAAAGAGUUACAAGAUGAACUCCUCAUGCGCUGAUAUCCUUCUGUUCUCUGCAUAUAAGUGGAACAUAUCAAGACCUUCACUUGUGACAGAUGUGAAAGACGUUCUCGACGGUACGACAAGUAACAAAUAUUGGAUCGACGUGCAACUCAGAUGGGGAGACUUUGAUACUCAUGAUAUCGAGCGAUACACAAGGGCCAAGUUCUUGGACUAUGUCUCCGACUCAAUGAGUAUAUAUCCUUCUCCUACUGGUGUCAUGAUUGGCAUGGACUUGGCAUACAAUUUAUGGUCCGCCUAUGGGAAUUGGUUCCCGGGUAUGAAACCUCUAAUCCAACAAGCAAUGGCAAAGAUUAUGAAGGCCAACCCUGCUUGCCAUGUCCUCCGAGAGCGUAUUCGUAAGGGUCUGCAACUUUACUCCUCAGAACCAACGGAGCCGUACCUGAACAGUCAGAAUUACUCGGAGCUGUUCUCUAACCAGAUUAUCUGGUUCGUUGACGAUACUAAUGUUUACCGUGUUACCAUCCACAAGACAUUCGAAGGAAAUCUUACGACGAAACCCAUCAAUGGUGCCAUCUUCAUCUUCAACCCACGUUCUGGUCAGUUAUUCCUCAAGAUCAUCCACACCAGUGUGUGGGCUGGUCAAAAGCGUCUCGGACAACUCGCCAAGUGGAAGACCGCUGAAGAAGUUGCUGCUUUGGUACGGUCUUUACCCGUUGAAGAACAACCGAAGCAAGUCAUUGUCACCCGAAAGGGCAUGUUGGAUCCUCUUGAGGUCCAUCUUCUUGAUUUCCCCAAUAUUGUGAUCAAAGGAAGCGAACUGCAAUUACCUUUCCAAGCCUGUAUGAAAAUGGAGAAAUUCGGUGAUCUUAUCUUGCGUGCUACUCAACCGCAGAUGGUGUUGUUCAGUCUCUAUGACGAUUGGUUGAAAUCGAUCUCGAGUUACACGGCGUUCUCCCGACUGAUCCUUUUACUUCGUGGUCUUCAUGUUAACAACGAGAAAGCAAAGGUCAUCCUUCACCCAGACAAGAACACCAUUACCGAACCGCACUUUGUGUGGCCGACCCUCAGUGAUGAAGAGUGGAUCAAAGUUGAAGUCGCUAUGAAGGACCUCAUUCUUGCAGACUUUGGUAAACGGAAUAGCGUCAACAUUGCUUCGUUGACAGUUAGUGAAAUACGAGAUAUCAUAUUGGGUCAGGAAAUUGCAGCACCUUCUGUGCAACGUCAACAAAUGGCCGAGUUGGAAAAGAGCUCAGAAGCCCAGGCUCAAGUCACUGCUAUCCAAACGCAAACAACCAACGUCCACGGUGACACCAUCCAAACUGUUACGACUACCAACUACGAGCAGCAGGUGUUCAGCAGCAAGUCGGACUGGCGUGUACGUGCUAUCUCAGCCACACAUUUGCCUCUACGUCUCCAACACAUCUAUGUAUCCAACGAUGAUGUGAAGGAUGACGCAGCUUCUUACACUUACGUUCUUCCUAAAAACGUUCUGCGGGCGUUUAUUACGGCCUCUGAUCUUCGCACGCAAGUCGCGGCCUUCCUCUAUGGCGUCUCUCCUCCGGAUAACAAGCAAGUAAAAGAGAUCAAGGCCAUAGUUUGGGUACCACAGCGAGGAAGUAACAACAGUGUUGAAUUACCGUCUCAGCUACCAAAGGACGACUUUUUGUUGAAGGACCUUGAACCUCUCGGUUGGAUCAAGACUCAAGCUCUUGAGAUUCCGCACCUUUCGCCUACGGAUGUCACCACGCAAGCCAAAAUAAUGGCGGAUCACCCUGAAUGGACUUCGUCGUCGAUCUGUAUCACUGCAUCCUUCACUCCUGGUUCCGUAUCAUUAUCCGCCCACUCUCUUUCCGUGGCAGGAUUUGAAUGGGGUCGAAAGAACGCAGAUAACUCUGCCAACCCUCCAGGCUUCAAUCCAAACAUGUCCGAACGUGUACAGCUGCUCCUUUCAGAUCGUAUACUGGCUAUGACUUUGGUACCGGAGGGCCGAGUGUGGAACUAUGGAAUCGGUCUCACGCAGUUGUGGUCAUCGAAUAUCAGCUAUUCCACGAUCUUGGAUACUCCCCUGCCAUUCUGGGCAGAAGAACAUCGUCCAAAUACGUUUUUGACUUUCGCUAACCUCGAACAAGGAGAGGAUAGUGCCGAUGUCGAAAAUAGCUUUGCUUGA